AUAGGUCUGACUUGUAUAGUUUCUAUUACUAUUUAUUCUACCCUUGAAUACAAUAUAGAUCUGACUUGUAUAGUUUCUAUUACUAUUCAUUCUACCCUUGAAUACAAUAUAGGUCUGACUUGUAUAGUUUCUAUUACUAUUUAUUCUACCCUUGAACACAAUAUAGUUUCUAUUACUAUUUAUUCUACCCUUGAGUACAAUAUAGGUUUGACUUGUAUAGUUUCUAUUACUAUUUAUUUGACUUGUAUAGUUUCUAUUACUAUUUAUUCUACCCUUGAACACAAUAUAGGUCUGACUUGUAUAGUUACUAUUUAUUCUACCCUU